AGGUGGGCAGCAUUGAGGAGCUGAGUUCAUACUAUACUACUGAGACAUCUACAGCUUAGCAGACAGAUACGGUGAACCGCCUAUCCGGGCUCCUGUAAGUGAUGCUGCACUGAGGCGCACUUUGAUCCAACUCCACUGGGGGGGCGAUGCGCUCUCUGCAUCCCUCAUUUAAGAGUUUUUUUCUGUGUGCGCGGAGCCUGAAAUCAGUCCAAACAAGUGACUGCUGAAUAAAUUAGCCCGAAGCUUUUGUUGUUCAUUGAUGGUAUAUAUAUUUUUUCCUCCUAUUUUUUUGUUUAUUCUCAUUUUUGUGCCCUCGUGGAUUGAAGUUGUAAUGUUUGAAUAAAGAGCCGUUUAGCGCUGGUGUGGGUGUUGAUUCAGUGUGAAAACAGCUGGUUGCUUUUCAAGGCAAAUUAGGUUAGAGAUACAAAGUUUAUGUAAAGCAAGCAUGGAUCACUGCGUAUCUCCGGCUGUGGGAUUGUGAGUCCAAAGACUCCCGAAGAGGAAAUACAGCCUCCCUUUUGAAAACAAACCUAAAAAAAAAAAAAAAAAACUGUCCAAGAAGUUGAUUUUUUUUUCUUCCUCUAACGCAGGAUCGCAUUUUGUAGCGCACGGAUAAGUUUUUUUAGUGGAUUUUUAUAUCACUUCUACAACCGAGUCAGAUGAGGAUUCUUUCUCCCCGGUUUCCCCACUUCAGAUUCAUUCGUGGCAUUUUUUUUUCCUUAGCCAGAGAUGUCUCUUCGCGGCAGUACUCACGGUUAAUUUUUUAUCAUCUCCAAGCACAGAAUAGAAAGUUGCAGCUGUAGAAGUGAAGCUCACACCUAAUUUUGAGCAUGAACUUGGCAAGUCAGGUGCAUGUUCUGGUGGCCUUGCUCGCCUGUUUGGUCUCAUUAUGCAAGGCCCAGGAGAGGGACUACAUCGUGAAGGAGGAGCAGCCAGAGAACGUUCGGAUUGGAAAUCUGCGCAAGGACCUCGACCUUAACCUGGACCCGACUAUCAGGCUGUCCUCUCCGCUGCAGUUCAAGCCUGUUUAUAAGACAGGUGACGUGCCUUUGGUGAGGGUGGAGGCCAACACGGGGGAGAUUUUCACCACCAAUCACAGGAUUGACCGGGAGAAGCUGUGCUCGGGGGUCUUCACGGAGAAACGCUGCUACUAUGAGAUCGAGGUGGCAGUGCUGCCCGAUGAGAUCUUUCGGCUGGUUAAGAUCCGGUUCCUGAUUGAGGAUGUGAACGACAAUGCACCCCUUUUCCAGUCCACUGUCAUAAACAUCUCCAUCCCUGAGAACACAGCUAUUAACACCCGCUACCCGGUGCCAUCAGCAUUUGACCCUGAUGUAGGGAUCAAUGGGAUCCAACACUAUGAGCUGGUCAAGAGUGUCAAUGAGUUUGGCUUAGACAUCAUUGAAACCCCUGAAGGUGACAAGUGGCCCCAGCUCAUUGUUCAGCAGAACCUUGAUCGGGAGCAAAAAGACACCUUUGUGAUGAAGAUCAAGGUGGAGGAUGGUGGCAGCCCCCCUAAAUCUAGCACUGCUAUUCUCCAAGUAACCAUUUCUGAUGUCAAUGACAAUCGUCCUAUCUUCAGGGACAAUGAAUUGGAAGUAGAAGUUCCAGAGAACGCUCAGAUGGGGACUUCAGUGGCUCAGCUUCAUGCAACAGAUGCAGACCUAGGAUCCAAUGCACAGGUCCACUUUUCAUUCAGCAACCAGAUCUCCUCAUCAACCAAGCGUCACUUUGCCAUCAAUAGUUCUACUGGACUAAUAACUGUAAAGCAACCUCUAGACCGAGAGGUUACUCCUGUUCAUAAACUCAUUGUUCUCGCAAGUGAUGGCAGCUCAACCCCAUCAAGAGCCACAGUGACUGUCAAUGUCACAGAUGUUAAUGACAAUGUUCCUUCCAUAGACACUCGCUACAUUAUCAACCUGGUAAAUGGGACUGUCCUACUGUCUGAGAAUGCUCCUUUGAACACCAAAAUAGCCCUUAUUACCGUUACUGACAAGGAUGCAGAUUUGUACGGAAAAGUGGCUUGCUACACUGACCAUGAUGUUCCUUUCCGGCUAAAGCCUGUAUUUAAUGAUCAAUUCCUACUGGAGACAGCUGCCCCUCUAGAUUAUGAGACCACUCGUGAAUACGCUAUUAAGAUAGUGGCUUCAGACAGAGGAACGCCUCCUUUGAACACUUCAGCUAUGGUCUUAAUUAAAAUCAAGGAUGAGAAUGACAACGCACCAAUUUUCCCCCAGCCGGAAAUUCAACUUUCAAUACCAGAGAACAAUGAUCCCUCAACUCAGUUAAUAAAAAUCAGUGCCACUGAUGCAGAUAGUGGACAUAAUGCUGAGAUCAUUUAUACUCUUGGCCCUGAUGCACCGGACGGGUUUAACAUAGACAGGCGCUCAGGAAUUCUCUCUGUAGGGAAGCGACUGGACAGAGAGAAGCAAGAGAGGUACUCAUUCACUGUCAUGGCAAGAGACAAUGGCUCAACACCCCUGCAGAGUAAUGUCACUGUUAGGCUAAUUGUGCAGGACCUUAAUGACAACAGCCCAGCUUUCACACACCCUGAAUACAACUUCUAUGUGCCUGAGAACCUGCCUCUCUAUGGGACAGUAGGCUUGAUCACAGUGACAGAUGCGGACGCUGGAGAUAAUGCUGUCAUUACUUUGUCUGUUUUGAAUGGCAAAGAUAAUUUUAUCAUUGACCCCCAAACUGGUGUGAUCAAACCAAACAUCACCUUUGACAGGGAGCAGCAAAGCUCCUAUACAUUCAUGGUCAAGGCAGUUGAUGCAGGGCAGCCACCAAGUUCCUCCUAUGCUAAGGUCACAAUUAAUGUUGUCGAUGUGAAUGACAAUCGCCCUGUGUUUGUCAUCCCAUCCUCCAAUUAUUCAUAUGACCUGGUGCGAACCACCACCACACCAGGUUCUGUGGUCACAAGAGUGUUUGCCAUUGACAAUGACACAGGUAUGAAUGCUGAGUUACAGUACAGUAUCAUCAGCAGCAUCAUUGUCACAUCUAGGGUCUCCCCUCGAGGUCUCUUUUCCAUCGACAAAACAACGGGUAACAUAACUCUGCAGGAGAAAAUAGUAUUGGCUGAUGUGGGACUGCAUAGGCUGGUGGUCAAGGUCAAAGAUUUAGGCCAGCCUGAGUCUUUACAUGCUAUUGCACUUGUGCACUUGUUUGUCAAUGACACUGUGUCAAAUUCCACAUUUAUCCAAGAGCAGCUGCGGAAAAGUAUGGAAACACCAUUGGAUCGUAACAUAGGGGACAAUGAGAUAACGCCUCAAGCCAAUGGAUAUGUGAUUGUUGUUAUAGCAAUUAUUGCAGGGACCAUGACUGUUAUUUUGGUCAUAUUUGUCACUGCCCUGGUGCGCUGCCGACAAACACCUAGACAUAAAGUAGUUCAGAAAGGCAAGCAGAGUGGGGAGUGGGUGUCACCCAACCAAGAAAACCGUCAAAUCAAAAAGAAGAAGAAGAGAAAGAAGCGGUCUCCUAAAAGCCUUCUCUUGAACUUAGUGACUAUAGAUGAGUCAAAGCCUGAAGACCCCACACAUGAGCAUGUUAAUGGUACUCUGGAUCUUCCGGUGGAGCUAGAGGAGCAGACCAUGGGAAAGUACAAUUGGGCGACCACACCUACGACCUUCAAACCUGACAGCCCAGAUUUAGCCAAGCAUUAUAAAUCUGCAUCCCCUCAGCCCACAUUUCAAAUCAAACCAGAAACUCCAGUGGCCCCUAAGAAGCACCAUGUGAUCCAGGAGCUCCCCUUGGACAAUACGUUUGUGGUGGGCUGUGACUCACUCUCCAAGUGUUCAUCAACUAGUUCUGACCCAUACAGUGUCUCAGAGUGCGGCUGUCAGGGGGGAUUCAAGACUUCAGGGCAAAUCGCCACCCGGCAGAACCCGGGCCAGACACCAGAAAAGUCUUUUAACUCUACAUCACCUAUUUGUAAGUCGCAAGACCUCAAUCCAGUAGAGCACCUCUGGGAUGUGGUGGAACGGGACGUAUGCAUCAGGGAUAUGCAGCCGACAAAUCAGCAGCAGCUGUGUGAUGAGGCCUGUCAACUUGGAAAGAUAACCUCUGUAAAUCUUGACUAUCUGGUGAGAAAUAUCAGAAAUCAUUCUUCAAACUGGGAUUUUUCAAACAACUAUCUACUGCAGACCCAGCGCCGUGUGACCUUCCAUCUUCCAGAUGGAUCCCAGGAAAGUUGCAGUGACAGCGGGCUGGGGGACGCGGAUCCCAGCAGCACAGCCAGCGCCACCCAGCCUCUCCCCUUGAGCUUCCCCCGAGAAGAAUACUAUGAGCAAACGUCACCAAACAGUCGCACCGAGGGAGACGGAAAUUCAGACCCUGAAUCUACCAUUGAGGUUAAUUUGAAGAAAGCUCUCGCUGAGGCUUCAGAGACCUGCACCCAGGAGUGUCUAAUACUGGGCCACUCUGACAGCUGCUGGAUGCCCCCAACCCUGGCCCACUUCCAAAGCCCUGGAACCAACAGCCCCACCUCUACCCCUACUACCACCAUCAGCGCCGCAGCACUCCCAUCCUUUGGCUUUCAGGGAGUAAAAGCCAACAUAGGCGGCAUGGGGGUCAUGGAUGGCCGCCACACUCUGGGCAGGUCUGUGCCCAAAAGAGAUGAACUAGACAAAGGGUUCAGCAGGCCACAGUUCUACAACACCCUAGACAGACACUGCAGCAGUAAAAAGGAGGACCCAGUCAAGGUCAUUCCACUGGCAAGCUUCUCCUCUCCUGGGCAGCACACUCCUACUGGUGGCAGCAGUUCUUUCUUAAAUGAGCACCAGCUGUAACUCAGAGAGACAGAUCAACCCCAGAUAUAGAUGGCUUGAGACUUAACAGUUGUUACACGUUCAUGCGUGUAGAGGUAUGCAUCAUUUCAAAAACUUUGAUCAGCUCAAGCUCAGUUUUACCAAUGAAAUAACUGAAAAUUAACAGAACUACAAUGAUGUUGUUUAGACACAAUCAAAUGGAAUCAAUCCAACAGCUCAUGCAUUUGAAAGGAAAUGAAAGUCUCAACCCAUCACAUCCUUGUAUUAUAAAAAAAAAAAAGUAGUUCUAUACCAAAGCUGAUUGAUGACAGAAAAACAUUUUUUUGUGUUUGCUGAUGUCUGUUCAGUAAUAAGAAAAGGGGACCUAUACACCUUGAACUUCAUGGGCCCAGCUUACAGACUCUGCCCUAAAAGACCAAUUCCUGGCAAAGAUGCAAAUGCAGUACUUUGUGUAAUGAGUGAGCUAAAUCUGGCUAAAUGUUAAUUAUGAGCUCUCGGUUGGUGGUGUUUCUGUUCAAGUUCUAGUGAAUUAUUGCUCUUGAUGUCAAGUGAAACAAACUCCCUUGGCAGUGAAGGAUGUUGUUACCCAAGUGUGUUUCAGAAGUCUAUUUUGGUCAGGGGACUGCAGAAGGAUUAAAAAAGAAUGAUACAUUUACAAAACAUAGGAUAGCAUAGCAUAUCUAGGCCGAUAGAAGACUCAUAUAUUGAUAUUUUGCACUCUAACUUUUCAUCACAGACAAGAAAAUAAACAAAUUUUUAAAAUAACACAAACAACCUGCUCUUGCAAAACCCCUUUCUCACAAUGUUGUCCUUAAGGUGAUUACAGCAUCUGCUCCCAGAAUUAGCGCAAAGUACCUUGAUAUUAAAAGAGAAAAACAGAUACACUUUGGAAAUAUAGCUUUUGUUUUGUUUUUCUUCUUUUUAUAAGUUUUGCUGCUCAAAAACUCUUCUCGAAGACAUCUAUUGAGGCAGUUUUGGAUUUCUCAGCCUAAUCACUUUGAUGUGUGAUCUUCAUUGUGAACCUUAUUGUGGUUAGGAAGCUUAGAGAGAUUCUGUUAGUAAUCCGGUAAUACAUACAAAGGCAGAAAACAGGUGACAAAAGCUCAAAGAAUGCCUUUUCCUACACUUCUUUUGUUCUGGUGUUAUUAAUGCCAGCGUUUCAAACAUCAGUUGCUAUGAGUGGGUGAGUUUAUAAGAUCAGUUUUUACAUUUUGCUGGUGCUAAAAAAAAAAAGAUCACGCUGUUAGAAUUUCAACAGCAUCAAAGGUCUAACUAAAUUGUUUAUAUUCGUGUCUUUUUGCACUUUAUAUUUGAAUAUACAUAGGAUUUUUUUUAAGAGGUGCCUCCUGCAGGUCAUCCUUCACACUGUUAUAAAUUGCAUCUCUGGCCAAACAUGCAAAUUUACACUGAUUAUAAUAACUAGUUCAGACUACCUUGUAACAGAUUGGGUGCAGCAUAAUGUAUUGCUACAAAAAUAAGAAACCUUGCUGACCGUACUAGCCAGUUGUCAGCUUCAUCAGGUAUAUGACUAAUGAAAUUCACUUUCAUGUAGCAUAUUGCAAAUUUGGAGCAAACCUAAACCUAAUGUAUUGCCAUAUGCUAAAGGGGAGAUGUGAGGUAAAUUAUGUUUGUGUGCUUUUCCCUAUUAUCCUCACUUAGAUAAUAUCUCUAAAUAUAAAAGAGAUUUAUCUGAUAUUCCCUUAAAUGUUCGCUGAAGAGAACAAUGUUUCAAGGAUAAAGGGUAGGUCAAUUUCACCUCACUCAAUUAUAAAAAUAAAUGGAAUUCUAAACAGUCAGCUAAGUUAUACCCUCCUAUUCAUAUCUGUUUGAAAAAAUGUCCUCAUCUAAGAACCCAAUUUCAGCAAAUUUACCAAUACUUUUUUCCAUCUUGUUCUAAUUUCCCCUCAUCUUCCAUUGUCUAGGCAGACUGAAUGGUAUUUCUAAUGCAUUUUUAAUCAAAAGGAUCGCAUAUCAAAGGGAGCAUACAUCAUGAUGUCAGAGAAAACUGGGUUUUUUUUCACUAUGCCAAAUGAAGAUUCAACUGCACAAAUCAGAAACUUGCAACAUUUAUGCAAAAGUUCCCUGCUAACCUUCAUUAUCUUUUAGUCUCUUACCACCAUCUUAUUUGCUUUGUUAAAUACUUUUGACAAAGACUAAAUUAUUUAAUAAGAUCAAGGUUUAUUUUGCAGGCAAGGAUCCUAAUAAUCUGAUUUUUUAGUUUCAUUGUUAACAGAUACAGUAUAAACAGAAAUAUGUCCCUACAGCUGUGCCUGCAACCUAAAUAGAGAGACAACACUCAAUUCUCAAUCUAGUCAGUGCUCAAAGAUCAUAGGGAACAGUAGCUCAAGUAACUACUCAUUGCAAACAAGGUCUGUGAAAUGCAAUGCCUGAAUGCACAAGCUGGUGAACCUUAAGGCAAGUAAGCUACAGAAGUAGACAAUGAGUGGCAAUCAAUCAACAGAACAGGAGGUUUAGGCUACUAUUCCAGAAUCAGACAUGCAGACAUUUAUUGGAAAACAUAUGCCUAGCUGAAGUAUCUAGAUUUGAGCUGCAGCAUUGAGAGGAUAUCUGUGUGAACAACAUGAAAUCAUGCACAUGCAACAGGUAUUGGCUGCUGGUAUUGGUGUAAUGGGGAAAGGGAUAUUUUCUAAAAACACUACUGGCCAAUUAAUAGUAAUUCAACAGUGGUAAAAUAUCAAAGCCUACCUGACUACUGUUAGUCACACUGUACCAAGCCUCAGAUAGCAGCUUUUGUUUAGUAAAUGCACCAAAUCGUAACACCUAAAUGGUCCCAGUCUGUUUUUUGUUUUUUUUGUACUUGACUUCUAGCUUCUAUCUUGAAACUAUUUCAGUUUAGACCAAAAACUCUGAGGAAUGUUCAAAAUGUAUUAUUGAAUCUAUCCUAUAAGAAUUUUGGAGGCAAAUGAGGGGUGUCCUAUCCAUUACUAGUUAGGUGAAAUCAAAUAAGUAGUCAGUUAGUGUAUAUCUGGUAUAUGUAUGAAAUUAUCUUAACAUCACACUGUAAUUACAUUUUCAUAGUUUAAUUGCUAUAAAGUAUCACCUGUUUCAAGUACAGUAAGCACAAAACACACAAUUUAUCCCGUUUUGCCUCUUGAUGCUGCAGUGUUGCCAUAGCCAACAGUGAAAUAGGGGCAUUGUAAAACAAUAGCAUACAUAAAAUUAUGUGGAUUUCAAUACAAACUUAAAUUCCUACUUUUUUUCCCCCCUAAAAUCUGAUGUGUGGUUUAAUUGAAGUGUUCCUAUAUUUUAAGUGAUUGUUUUAUUGAUUAUUUAAGAACUAAAGGCAUUUAAUUUAAACGUUCACUGUUAUUAUUUUUCAACAUAAGAAAGAUCUCAGGAGGUAAUCUAUUUCAAGAUUGCUUUGUCUCUUGAAUUACUGGAGAAGUCCAAAAUGGUCACAUGGUCACUUUGCAUGAUUCUCCUUUCACCAUUCCCAUAAUGUUUUUUUUUACAUUUCAAUGCAAACUGAAAACAAAAAAAAUAUUCUAAAAAAGAAAGAAAAUGGCAAAGUCUUGCUUCCUUUUUCUAAAUCCUUGUUAAGAAUGAGUGUUAUUGAUCGCCAUGUCAACUCUGUGUCAUAGUUUGCAUGAACUGUUUGGACUCUGAUGAGACAUUUUGAUAUUUGUGGACUGCGUGCUUCAGGCAUCCACAUAUUUAGAAUCAGUGUCUGUGUAGAUAUUGACUUCUCUCCCAGUUCCUUUGCUUAAUGGAGCAAGAGCAACGUUAUACAAUGUACACAUUGAAACCUUGUCAUGUUACCAUACCACUUAUACCUCUAAAGAUUCACAAAUUUUAAAUAUCUAUACAGUCAGUUGGUCUGGAUUUAAAUUGUACAUAGCAGUUAAGCUAAGGUACCGGUAAGUGGUUGCAAACUUGAAAGACUUAAAGAACUGACAUUUACUUUGUUCACAGCAAGCAAACCAUGAAAAACGUAAGUGAUGAGAUGACAAUCUCUGUUGUAAUAUAAAUGAUCACAUAUGCAUAAUAUACAUGAGACUGAAUGUGUUUAUAGGUGAUCUUAUGUAUGUGCAAGAGAGCAUGUCUCCUUGCAAGUGUGCUAGUAAUAUGCAAAUUUGCCGGACAAUUUUAGGUACAAAAUGUAUCUUGUAUAAAAAGAAUAUAAAACAUGAUAAAAGACUUUGGUAUAUGCUUGUAAAUUAGUAAUGUGUGAGUCAGGUAAAGUUUGCUUUGAGAGAACGCUUCAGUGCUUGCCAGCAAAUCUGUAUUAGUCCAUUAAAGCUAUACAGUCUGUGUUGUCAUGCCUUUGUAAGAUAUUCCACUUAAUUCUAUGAAAAAAAGCUAAACUUGUAUAUGGUUAAAUGAUUUUUCAUGUCGAUGAAUUUUAAUUGAGACAUUAAAUAUUGAGACCUUAAA